ACCCACACAAACAAGAAGCAAUCAUGGCGGACACAGAAACGACUCCUCAGAAAAUGGAAGUUGACUACAGUUCAACUGUAGAUGAAAAACUCCCGAAAUGUGAAAAAUUAGCAAAGCAAGGGAAAUUGACAGAAGCACUGGAUAUUCUGAUGUCUUUAGAAAAGCAAACAAGAACAGGAGCCGAUACUCAUUCUACAAGUCGAGUCCUGGUAACAGUAGUGCGCCUUUGUUUCGAACAAAAAAAUUGGGAUGCAUUGAAUGAAAAUAUUGUCUCGCUCACAAAGAAACGAGGACAAAUAAAACAGUCUGUGACAAAGAUGAUCCAGGAAGCCUAUACCUAUGUAGAAAAGACUCCCCCUGGUAACUUAGAUGUCAAACUUAAGUUGAUCGAUACACUGAGAACAGUCACAGCUGGAAAGAUCUAUGUAGAAAUAGAGCGGGCAAGACUCACCAGAACUUUGGCAAAGAUAAAGGAGGACAAUGGCAAGGUUACUGAGGCAGCUGACAUACUUCAGGAGCUUCAGGUGGAGACAUUUGGAUCGAUGGAGAAGAAGGAGAAAGUAGAGUUUAUCCUGGAGCAGAUGCGACUCUGUCUAGCAAAGAAGGACUACAUCAGAACACAGAUUAUCAGCAAAAAAAUCAGCUCUAAAUUCUUUGAAGAAGCAGGAACAACAGAGCUAAAGUUGAAGUAUUACCAGUUGAUGAUUGAGCUGGACGAGCACGAGGGGUCUUAUCUUGCUAUCUGUAAACAUUAUAAAGCUGUUUACGACACACCAGAGAUCAAAGAAAACAAAGACAAAAUGAGGGAGGCUUUGCGGUAUGUAGUACUGUAUGUAAUACUGGCACCCUACGAUAAUGAGCAGUCAGACUUCAUACACAGAGUCAAGGAAGACAGAAAUCUAGAGGAGAUAUCUAAAUACCAAGACCUACUGAACUGUUUCACAACAUCAGAGUUGAUCACAUGGAAACAAUUAUGUCUGACGUAUGAAAGUGAGCUGAAGUUUGGCUCCACAAGCAGUCCAGCCACCCAUGUCUUCAACACAAAACUGGAAGGUGGAGCGAAACGUUGGGCUGACUUAAAGAAUAGAGUUGUAGAACAUAAUAUCCGUGUGAUGGCCAAAUACUACACUCGUGUGAGGACCAAGAGAAUUGCUGAGCUUCUCGACCAGACUGAGGCUGAAUCUGAAGAAUUUUUGUCAACCCUUGUUGUGAACAAGACUGUACAAGCCAAGAUGGAUCGUCUGGAAGGAAUAGUGAAUUUUACCCACCAAAAGGACCCUAGUGACAUUCUUAAUGACUGGUCUCAUAACAUCACCACACUGAUGCAGCUUGUCAACAAGACAAACCACCUCAUCACUAAAGAGGAGAUGGUGCACAAACUCCAUUAAUCGACAUUUUCUCGUCACAUAGUGCUACAUUAGUGAUUGAUCAAUUCGUCAUCUUGACUUACAGGAUUUACAUAUACAGUGCUUUUUAAAAAGAGCAACUUCUGGUCACUUUGGUUGUCUGUCCAGUGACACUGAGCUCAAAAGUUGGGAUUUGCUAUAUUUUCAUAUUGAAGUGAACAUUCCUGGAAGUUCGUGAAAGUUAAAAGGGAAGAAUUUGAUUUCAAUUGAAAGCAACUAGAUAUUAAAAAGCAAUUUCCAUACAAUUUUCUUUAAUGACUUUUUGUAGACGAAUUAUCAAUCAUUUCAUGAAAAUUUCAGGCUUCUUGGUUUUCUGAGCAAAAUUUUUCACACAAUAUUUUGUUCAAUCUGAAAUAAUUUAAAUUAAAUAUGAUUGGUCUUCAAAUUGCAUUAAAGUGUUGAACACCAUG